AUGUACCGGAUUCAACCCAUUUUCAUUAUAAUACUCGAUACAAUGCUGAUUACUCUAGAAUGCAUUCUACUUGCGCUACAGACGGUUUCUGCAGUUCGACUUGCAUUAGAAUCACCAAUUGGAACUACCAGUCAAUCAAACAAUAGACUGUCAAAGCGAUCACCCGUUGUGUUGGAUGGUGAUAUCACAAAAUGCUACACAAUUAAAGUCAAUGUUGAUGGAGUCAAUUUGGGUUUGCAAGUCGAUUCAUCAAUGGCUGAUAUAGUCGUACCACUUCCUAGUUCAAGCAACGAUGUAGGUUUGACUCCGCAACACACUCCAAGUGGGGAACCCGUUACUAUAGAUUACAAAGGCGAAGAGUAUAAUGGAGUUACAUCCACAGCCGAUGUGACGAUUCCGGGUACUAGGAUAACUGACAUUGAUUUACCAGUAAUAGCAGUUGGUAUCGAUUCAAUGCUCAAUGGAGUAUUUGGGUUCGGCAAUUCCUUGUUGUCAAAUCAUCAUCCACAAACCACUGCAAUGGAUGCUUUGUACAAUGGUGGUAUUAUUCCCAAUAACGAGGUUAGUCUUCAACUAUGUCCGUAUGAAAUGACUUCAAAUAGCUUCAUCAAUAUAGGAAACACGGACGUAACUGCAAAAUGCGGAACGGAUGGAACAAGUGUUGCAUGGGUAAAGUCACCAUCAGACGAUCAAUUUACUGUCAACAUCAAAAGUAUACUAGUCAAUGACGAACCAGUGGAGCUGCCCGAGGAAUUCCAAAAAACAAUAAUGGAAAAUGGACGUACUUUGUACUCGAGUGUGGAAACAUGCUUUUUAUAUAUGCGUUUUCCUGAAGUAGUCGUGGCAGCGUUGGUUGACGCUAUUCUUGAUAGUGUUAGAUUUGAUAUAGAAGUUGGUCCAAAUGACAAUGCAAUUCUUGGUAUUCCAUUUAUGGCCCAACUUGGAUUGACAUUUGAUCGAGCACAUAAACGCAUUGGGUUUGGUCCUGGAUGUGGAUGCGAAGUCGCGACUAGCAAAUAUCCUACUAUUUCGAAUGGUUAUCGAGUGCUCUGGCCAUCAUCACAUGUUAGAUUGCCUGAACAACCAAGUACUUCAGGUUCAGAUGGUACAUCUACUCUUAGGAGAUCAUUGUCGCAACUUGGUAGUGCUCUCUGUGGUAGUAGACGACCAAAGUUUAAUUACAAGAAAUUUGAGGACUAA